CGCAUAUUCCGCGCACGCUCCGGGGCCGUUACUAUUGAUCGAGCAUUUCGUCCGAUGGUCGCCUCAGAAUACCACGGACGGUCCGCACGCCGUAAAUAUUCGUUGAGUGCGUCGUGGCCGAGUGACUUACGCGGAUAAAACCGUUUAAAUACGGGGUAAACGUGGCCGAUCAUGGUCGGAGGAGUAACGGAGGACGGACCUCUUAUUCAACCCGUCGAUUCCGUGUCGACGACAACUGUAGUGGCACUAUGCAUCGGCGCCGCUUUUCUACUUUGCGCCGUCGCGAUGACCUGGUGGCUUUGCCGACGGCGUCGCGAGCACACCAAACUAAACUCCGACAAGUCCUUGGCGUUCAGGCCACCCCACAGGAAACCAAUGGCAGUCAAGAGUCCUGGUAGCACCAGUCAUUAUCUGAAAAAGAGCCCGAGUCCUACGGGACCCGCCAAGAGUCCCCCGGGUUCCGGUGGUCAGACGCCAAGUCCCACCGGUUCUCAAUCUUCGAACCCCGGUUCGCAGCCCAGGACACCUCAGGGCUCAGGUACUCCAGCAUUAACACCUUCUGGUGACGUGACUCUGAGUAUCGAGAAUGAACGGGACAAAGCGGAAAUCGAGAACAACGAGAAAACGGAACGCAAGAAAAAUCACGUGACGGAAAAUAAUAAGGAUAACUUGGGCCAGUUAGUGUUUAAGUUACGCUACGUGAGCGAGCAAAAUGCGCUUAGGGUGACGGUAGUGAACUGCAAGGGAUUGCCAGCGAGGGAACAGAAUGCCACCAGUGAUCCAUACGUGAAAUUGAAACUGUUACCUGAUAAACAACACCAGGUGAAGACGAGAGUCCUCAGGAAUACCAGGGAUCCUGUUUACGACGAGGAUUUCACGUUCUUCGGAAUAUCGAAGGAUCAACUUCAGAAAAUCAGCCUGCACUUCAUUGUGCUAAGUUUCGACAGAUACUCCCGAGAUGAUAUUAUCGGUGAAUUGACGUGUGCACUUUCAUCGAUACCCGGUUUGGAGAACGCUGACAACCAAGAAAUAUCGUUAUGUCGGAAAAUAUGCCCCAGAAGCUUAAAGAUUCAGUCACAAGGCAGAGGAGAAUUACUAGUGUCCCUCUGCUGGCAACCACUCAACAGUCGAUUAACAGUAGUGGUGCUGAAGGCCCAGAAUUUACCAAAGAUGGAUGUAACCGGCCUGGCAGAUCCGUACGUGAAAAUCUAUCUUCUCUACAACUCGCAGCGCAUCGCAAAGCAAAAGACGCGUGUAAAGAAACGCACCCUCAGCCCUCUGUUCAACGAAUCCUUCGUUUUCGACAUACCGAACGGCGCGGAUGGUCUCAACAACGUCAGCCUCGAGUUCAUGUUGAUCGAUUGGGAUCGAGUUACAAGAAAUGAGGUGAUUGGACGACUCGAGUUCGGCGGUCCAGAUUGUCAAGGAUCAGCUCUGAAUCAUUGGAGAGAAGUUUGCAGCUCGCCGCAGAGGCAGAUCGCUGAAUGGCACAAAUUAAGGGAGUAACUAGUAUUUCCCUAUCGACUUUCCUGGAAUCCCGUCUCCAACUAUCCAAUAGCCCCACGUCCUUCUCCAUUAUGAAACCACCGAUCCAACCCCUCGAAACCCUACGAUGAAGUAGGGUAUCUGUUUUGUAAACCUAAUACUCGAUGUAUAUUAGGCUUGAAGCGAGUGGCGGCACGUCCACCCGCGAUCGAUGCAACUGCGGAUGCACCGGUGAGAAGGUCUAGCCUAGGGAUGAACAUCAAGGCAAUCUCUUCGAGUAACGUGAGACAUGUAACCCCAACAAGCUCGAACAUAAGCGGUCAUCCUCUGCUUUAAGAUCUGUUCCUAUUUCGUUUCUUAACAUUAUGAUUUUCUAUUGUUCGGGUUACGUUGUUAUAUUAAUUCAAAAGAUUGUUCGAAUGUUCGUCCCUUGUCUGUUACGUGCCGGCCUGAAGCGUGUACGAAGAAUGACUUUGAUCAUACGAAAACUUCUCUGUACAAGCAAAACUCUCUGAGUAAUAUCUUUAAAUUUUUAUAAACUUCUACAAUCUAAUAGGUCACUUAUGAAUCUUCCUAUACAUGUACGGCUUUUAAAUGCAAACAAGUUAAAAAGUAUUUUACCGUAAAUGUUUUCAUAUUAUCGGAGAAAGUGUAUCGCGUGUAACUCACAUAAUUGUGUAAUUAUUAAAAAAUAUAUAUCAUUUGAAAUAUACGGUAGAAUAGAUAAACUAUUGGACUGCACCGGAAAUCGUGAUCUAUCAGCGUGCGAAAGUUUAUGAAAAAUUGAAAAUAUCAUUUCGGGAGCGUUUCUUGUUAGUACUGUGGGCGUUGAUUUAAUAACACACGUUUUGCCUCGAUAUUACAAUUUAGAAUACUCCUUGUACGGACUGUUUCAAAAAUCAUCGCGUGCUUCGAUGAAAUUGCAUGAGUUUCGUUCAAAUAACUUGACAUCAUUACUGGAAUGAUUGGCAAAAAUAAAAAUAAAUAAACGUCAUAAAAUUCAACCUAUUUUGCAGAAAUACGCAAUGCUUUUUUGAGACGGUCUGUAUUUCCUUUUUAUGGUUUUAAAUAAUCACGAAAUUUAAAAAAAUGUUUACAUGGAAAGAAAACCGUUUGAAAAAUGUCCAUUCUGUGUUUCAAUUUUAAUAUCGAUAAAAUUCGAUAUAUCGAUUAAUCGAUAGAUCGACGCCCUAACCUCAAGAAUAGUUCCUCCGCGCUUCUAGCUUACAAAAGGGAAGACGAAUUCGCUCAAGAAAUAAUGGAGCAUCGAACGACUGCAGAAUGAUAAUUACUAUGGCUAGAACGAAGAUUGAAAACAAAUAGUUGGUAAAAUUCAAAAUAAUUCAUUUUGUUUCUGUAAAUCGAACACUUGUCAGCCGUCGAUUAUGUCUCCAUUGGUUGCAGUAGCAAACGAUCGCGGGAGAAACGCAUACAAAAUGCUUUACAAUAUAAAUAUAGUUAUUAAGAUUUCCGACCAGAUGAAAAGGGAGGAGGAAAAUAAGGCAGUUAACUAAAAAACAAUUGAGCGUUUACCGAUUGUUUUGAACGCUAUUGUUGCAACACAGGGUCGUGCAUUCAUAGGACAUUACAAUUGCGGAAAAGAAUUAUUUAUUUUCAAAACAUAUUUUGUUUACGUACAUAUUCGAUAUACCAUGUAUGAGUAUAAACAUUGGCAAAGUGAACUAAACAUCAAAUAAACUUUGUUUGGUUUAAUUGAAUUUUAAGUGUUUCAGACUAUCACUUUAUAAGCAAAGGUAUGUUUUGCUGUAAUAAAAUAUUAUUUUAGAACCUUGUUGUACAACUUGUUAUAGAGUUAUACCUUGUGGUAUUAUCCUAACAAGUUUGUAAUAAGUUUCUAUUAUGUUAUAAUAAUGAUGUUACAUGUUGAUAACUUAGAAUGUUCUUUUCCCUUUUUAACAAGUUAAUAUGUUAUGUUGCAAGUAAUUACAUUUCAAAUCACAUUUGGUGAAUUCUUUACUGAAUAUAAAUCUACAAAUUUAACAGAUUUUGCACGACCCUGUCAAAUCACCAAGACCGUCAUUUUUGGUAAAGUUAAUAUGAACUAAUCAUAAAACAUCUUAAUCGAGAGUUAAGCGAUCCAAGUUAUGUAAAUACAGGAAUCUCUUCAAAAUUUAUUUAUCACUAAUUUAUCAAUUUUUCACAGAAAAAUAAGAAGGCAAAGAUACAUAAAAAAAUGUAAUGUUAUAAUUAAAUUACUUUUUAAUACACAUAUUAUAUAAUACCUAUAAAAUUCUCAUAGGUUUAAUAACAUCUGUUAAUGAAUAAAUGAACAUGUGACUAGAUCUUUUACUAAAAACUUUUGAAGGGAUUCUUGUAGAAAUAUACAUACACAUACCACAAGACGUGGAGACGAUUCUGGAAACGUCAUAAACAUCGAUUAAGCUUAAAAACAAUAUUGCGAUUAUUCGUUCCUGUUCCAAAAUUUUAUAGCUCCACGUCAACUGGCAAAACAACUGGCAAUUUAACACCAUGUAAUAAGAAAAAUUGCAAGUACUGAGAAACAAAUUUCAGUAUCAAUUUUUCCAUUAUAAUUGAAAAGCUUUGAUAGACACUUCUCUGAGAAUAUUGAAAGAAAUUUUUAAUUUGUUUUAACAGAGCUGUAAGGAAUGCUAAGACAGGGAAGCAAACAUACAGAGAUCUUCGUGAUGCAUUGAAUUAUCACACAUACAUACACUGCUUACAAUUCAUUGCAUUUCGAAUAGAUGAUCAUCUUUUUUUCACACUAUAGCAUGAUAAUCCUCUUUGUAUAAUCGUGGAACGGGGUCGAGGAAUUGUAACGUUGUUUUCAAGUGCCAAUGGAAACCGCUUCGCGAUUGUAAAUAUGUAAUUUACGUUUGAAUAGAGAAGAAAAUACGAAUACUUUAUUUAGUUACGAACCGUUUGUGGUUUCAAUUGCUAUUAAUGGAGAAAUUAGUACGUACCGCUAUAGUUUAUGAAAAGAUACUACUGCACAGAGUGUAACACGAAACCGGCAUCAUGUAGUGUCCUUGUUAAAAUGCUUUUACACCGUAAAAGGGCGAGAGUGAGGUUCUAAGUACGAAUAUGUGGAAAACGCGUUGGCGGGAAACGUACAAAGGUCCUUCUCCCGUUGUACUCAUUUGUAAUUUAAUUUAUAUAGGUUGUCUUCCACAAACUAUGAACAAUCAUGAGUACUUACUGAUCAUUCAUUUUUCAAAACAGCAUUAACGGGAGGUCAUACUCAAUGCGCACGUUAGAGUCAUGCAUAUUGUACUUUUCGAUUAUAUUUUUAUGCGUUAACUGACGGCGCUGUAUUUGUUGAAUGGUUUUUAAAGAUCGCGCCCUUUGAUUUUGCAAGAUGGAUGAUCAUUUUCAUUACUCGAGUUUUGGGAGACAACCAUACCAUGCGAUUUUACGCUCAUUUUAGUUUUAACAAUAAAUGUGCUAGAUCACUGCUUCGUUACACCGUAUAAAUGACAGUGCACUUAUAGCAGAAACACGGACGAAACAAGGCUCGACAAGUAAGAUUAGGAAAGCAAAGGAGAAAAUUGAUCGAAAAUGAAGAAGCAA